GUAAAGACCUUUCAUUCGAGAGAAGGGGAGUAUAUAUAAAGGCUCUCGUUCAUGAGGUCACCUAUCAGUCACCUUCCAGUGUCUCAGCUGAUCACACUGACUACCUUGCAUCUCAUACACUCGUAGCUCCCAUAGCACGAUGCCAGUCACCACCACCGCCGCUACCAUUGUCGCUGCAGCAUCCAGCCCGCACGUCGGCACCUUGAUGAACAAGGUGGACGAGCAGCUACGAACCGCCGGCUACGAUCUCAAGAGCUUCAUCAAGUCCAUCGACCUCCACACCGUCGGCUUCCUCACCCUCCUCGUCGUGGCCGCCAUCUUCCUCUUCGACCUCCUGAACUACGGCUACUCUGCCUACCUCGGGAACACGUCCUCCUACAGCUCUUACGGCAGGAGCCUCGUCACCAACGCGGCCAAGGUCUGGGACCAAAGGGAGCAGCUGGGAUUCAACAACGUCAUUACUCGUGGCAGCCGCGGUCUCGACUCCAUGACACAAAUUCUGGACUCUCUAGCGGACGCCGUACUCAAAUACGAAGGAGAAGACAACAAGGUUGAGAGUUCAAGGCAAUCGAAGGACCUCUGAGAGAUGAAACCCCCGUAACAUAAGAAGUGAAUUUCCAUAUUUAUGAGUUAAAUCAUCCUUAAAUUACAACACACACCCGUUAUAUACUGAGUCAUUCAUCACAGAUCAUAUGACACCCAUUAUCUGUAAAUUACCUUCGGAUGGAAAGCUUCCCUUGAAUUCUGCAGCAGAGUUUACCUUAUUUACAAAUCCUACUGCCUCUGCUACGGCUGGCAGGACAGACAACGUUUACAUACAUUCUCUUUCAUUUUUGGCAUAUUUCCAACAACGUUUCCAAUUGAGCUCCUGCAAUAUAUUUCUGACACGAAAGCGUCAUUCUUUUGGAAAUCGGUGCAUAAAUGCACAACUAACAAGUAUAAUAACCAGUUGCCAGGUUCAAACCAUUCAUUUCAUCUAAAUAAAAUCCAUUACAAUCUUAUGAACUUGCGAGGUAAAGAAAAAUAAUGUUUUUAUAACGGAAACUCUCCCACCAAAGCAGCAAUUCUUUUGUAACUAAAUUUUCAGCGUAGCGGAGCUUUUACACGGAAAUCAUUCAUCAGAACCUGCUGCAUCAGAUGAAAUGGAUAUAUUCAGAGUUGUAUUGAAUCAAAUUUGUUCAUUUUAUACAGAUAUAUAUAUUUUUCUCUUUAUUUUUCAUUUAGGACAGCACAGGUCGAGGUAUUUUUAAUUAAAAAGAACAUAUCCAAUUCGCUGCAAUUCCAUUUUAUUUCACAACAUACUGGGUUAUUUAUAACGAAAAUUAUAACAUGCAUACUUUGCUGGCCAAAAUGAUUUGCAUGUUGUCAUUUGAAGGUUUCACUUGUUAUUAUUUAUUUGCUUCAGUGCAUUGUAUUUUUGUACAUGAAUAAAAUAACAGCUUUUAACGCCCUAAAAUUAU